AUGCCGCCCAUACCUACUGGUCCACAGUAUCCUAAUGCGUCUUCCUAUGCUGGCUAUGCUUCCACUCCUCCACCAUCUGCUCCUGGAGCGCCUCCACUCUCUGGCUAUCCACCAACGUCCAUGCAGUCGAUGUAUAACCAAGCACCUUCAGUACCCGGGUUUAACCCAGUCCCAACGCCUUUGGCGCCACCUCCGAUUGCACCAAUAGCACCUAUGGUACCAGCUCCACCAAUGCCACCUUCAGCAGCUCCAAGCUCUUAUAGUAAUUACACGUCUUAUUCACAACCAGCUAUGCCUGCUCCAACCAGGACAAUGACUCCAAUCCAAAGCUAUGCACAUCAUUUACAGGAUCGUCCAAUGUCCACAGUUUCGGUAGCAUCUAGUGGCGGAGGUUAUAAUGAUCCAGGG